GAUUCCGAGCCUUGUCGAAGAUUUGGUCGUAUCUGGCGUGGCGGUGUUCCAUGAACUGUCUGCCUUGCAUGCUGCCACGUCGGAUCUGCAUGAGCCGGGUUGCCUCGCGUCCAAUACCGUGCCGGAAGCGCCCAGAAGCUGCAAAAUGCACCACCGAAUGCACAGUUCUUCAGGCAUCGACUCGCGAGGCUCUGCAAGCCAUUGACGACCUUGACCUAUUCGCCCCGUCAUUACCCCAUUUCGAGCCCGAACCAUUUUGUAUUUGCUUUAAGGGGGCCUUGAAAGAAAUGGAGCACUAAUAGUGCCUACUCAAAGAUCAGGGAUUCUGGCGCUGAAAUCUGCCAGCACCCAGGCUGCCUCCCAACAAUUGCUCGUUGGUUCCUCACGACAGAUCAGUCAGAGUGUUCCAACACAGUUUUGUUCACAUCGACAGCAGGCAACCACACAAAGCCAUUCCAGUAACCAUGAAGCCUCGAGAGACCUCAAUCUCAACCCAACAGCUUUCACAAGGCCCACCAUUCCCCCCCGAAGCGGAACUCAUCCACUGGAAGCCACCACCAAGCGACCCCGGCACCCCCAACCACGAGAGCCAGGCCACCCCAUCCGACGACGCCUUCACCAGCAGCCUCCCCACCAUCUUCAUCGACCCAUCCAGCGAACGCAUCCUGCCCACCACCUCGCACAUCCAAACCUUCCUCCACUCGGACCUCUCCUUCACCAAGCUCGACCGCGCCUACCGCCACCUCUGGUGGGCCGGCCGGCAGUUCCCCGCGCGCCCGCUGCACCGCCAGGUGCACGAGCUGGGGCGCGCCGUCGCGCUCACCAGCCGCGCCGACCUGCACCUGGUGUGGUGCCCGCGCACGCGCCGGCUGUUCGUCAAGCCGCUGCCGGCCUACCUGCUCUCGCACGCCUGCUGGGCGCGCCGGUUGAGUGGUGGUGGUGGUGGUGGUGGGGCGGAUGGGGAGUUGGAGGCCAGUGCGCGCGGGUUCUUGCUGUCGUAUAUCUGGCUGGUGCGGGACGAGCUGGAUUGGGCGGUCGCGCGGGAUGCGCGGCUGCUGCCGGAUGGGGUGAGUUGGGUGGCCUGGCGCGGGUUUGUGGAGGCGGUGGUGAGGGGGGGUGGGUUGGAUGUGAAUGGGUUGGUGGGUGUGCAUAGGCGGUUUCAUUAUGGCGAGUUGAGGGUGAAUAGGCUGGAUCAUCUGUAUCGGUUCGGCUAUCGCUUGGAUGGGCAGCAACUGCUCAGGGGUUACGGGGGGUUGCUGUCGCCGAGUUAUAGCGACUUCUUUCGCAAGCGGUUUGGUUGGAUUAUUAUCGCGUUUGCUUUCUGUAAUACCGUGUUGUCGGCGUUGCAGGUCGGGCUCGCUGCGGAUCCUUUGAGGCCUUCUAAAGCGCUGCAAGAUGUUUCAAGCGGGAUCGUUGUUCUUAGUUUGGUUGUUCUGGCUGUUACCGUUGUGGUUAUUUUCGUUUUGUAUUUCGGGUUAUUCCUGUUCUUUUUGGUGAAAACGCUGCGGAAUACGGCGGCUAGGGAGCAAAAGAGGAAGAUAUGGAUGGGUGGAACGAGAAGCGAGAGUAGUAUUUGAGGGGUUUAGGGGAUUGUUCAUAUCAGGGGAAUAGAUAUGAACUCAUAGUGCUGGCGGGUUGGGCUUCUAUUUGGUUAGACCCGGGCCAGAGGUCAGCAGUUUCCAAGUUCGGACCACCGUCUCUUACAACCAGCCCCGUAUGAAGCCGGUACGUGUGAGUGCUGUUUUGGCCCCCGACGGCAGCUUCCCUUAUGAAGAACUUUACCAUGGCACUCAACAAACACUAAAGUAUGUAUUGAAUUGUAUCUAAAAUAGACCGAAAUAUCAGAGCGCGUUGGUUUCCUUUGUUGCUGUACACCCAUAGACGAGUG